AAAUAAUUCAAUAAAAUGGGGCACUGUUUUUUAAUUUUUAAACACAGAAUUCCGGUUUUAUAUCUAUAGAAAAGGCAGCAAUGGCAUCGUUUUUUCGUUUUUCAAGGCAUCGGUGGGUUGUGCAGCUUUUUACACGUUUUUGUCAGUAUCAGUUGAUUGCCGUUCCCCAAUCCAGUAUUGGCAGCAAGCUGAAUUAAAAAUAGCAAAACUCCACUUGGAAGCAAAUUUGUGAUUUAUGUAUCAUUUGAGUAUUAAAAAGAGCUGUGAAGAAUCUCGAAAAGUAUCACCAUGACGAAAACGGAAGAGUCUGUUUACAGUAGUGACCUGUCUUACCCCAAAGAAACAAAGAAGUGCCUAUUGUAUAGAAUUUUUGGUCAAGUACCUGCAAGACUAGUACUCUACCUCCUAUCAUGGUCUGGUUUCCUAGUAUCUUUCAUGAUGCGCAACGACAUCAACUUAGCUAUUGUAGCUAUGGUAGCUGAACCACCCAGAAUAGCUUCUAACUCUACUGCCGAAUAUUGCUUUGUAGUCGAGGAUAACAACAAUACUGCUCCAGUCGAUUAUGGUGGAACAUUAAACUGGUCUGGCCCAGUUCAAUCUUACGUCCUAGCCUCAUUUUAUUGGGCCUACAUAGUAUCCCAAAUAAUAGGAGGUUUAGCCACCCAAAAACUAGGCACCAAAAAGGUAUUCGGCUAUGCCCAACUUGCCACUGCCCUGUCCAGUUUAUGUAUUCCUAUAGCCUCCGAGACUCAUUGGGGAUUUGUGAUUGCUCUGAGAUGUAUCCAAGGAUUCGCUUCGGGUCUGACAUGGCCUGCCAUGUACGCGCUGGUCGGACAUUGGAUCCCUGUGCCCGAGAGGAGCAGAUUUAUGUCCAGUUUUCAAGGUUUUAGCAUAGGAAUCGGUGUAACCUACCCUCUAUGUGGGUUUCUGAUAGCGCAUUUGGGCUGGAGAUCAGUUUUCUACACUACAGGUUCCAUUGGAGUGUCGUGGUGUCUUAUUUGGUAUUUGUUGGCGUUUGAUAGUCCCGAAAUUCAUCCCCGAAUUAGUCUUAGGGAACAAAAAUAUAUUAGAGAAAAUACUGUAAAUACCUAUGAGAAUUCUAGGACUCAAAAAGUACCAUGGAAAUCUAUAUUAUUUUCUAAACCUGCAUGGUCUAUAGGUAUAACAACGUUCGGUAGAAUAUGGGUACAUUAUACGUUUAUUAUCUCAGGACCAACCUAUAUGAAAAGAAUUUUAGGUUUUAGUAUAGAAAAGAAUGGUCUCUUAUCAGGAGCCCCAUUCAUCACUAGUUACGUAGCUUCAGUGUUUUUCUGUUAUGUAGCUGAUAAAUUGGUGACAGGAAAUUAUAUGUCCAUGACCAACCUUAGGAAAUUGAUGACGGCUUUAUCUCAGGUAGUUCCAGGAAUCUUAGUAACCCUAGUUAGUUAUUUGGGCUGUGACAUCGAUUUGGUACUCGUAGUAUGGUUCAUUGCAGUCACAAUGAUAACCGCUUCAUACGCAGGUGCAAUGGCAAAUGUAGUCGACAUAGCACCAAAUUUCGCCGGUCCAGUAUUAGCGUUCGCUCAAACCAUUCACAUGUCUGCCAGUUUUCUAAGUCCGCUGGCGAAUUUCCAGUUGCUGGACAAAAAGGAACACUUAAUGUCCGCCUGGAGAACAGUAUUUUACGUUUCUUGCUUUGUCGCAUGCAGUACUUAUGUGUUUUUCCAAUGGUGGGGAACUGCAGAGAUUCAACCCUGGAAUUAUGCAAAUAUGGAAUCAGACAAAAACGAGGCAGAAGAAUUAAUGGAUAAAUCAAAAAAUAUCGAAAUUACAAACGGCACCGAUAGAAAAGUUAAAGAAGGUGCGAAUGGUAAUCCAUCAAGUAUACACAAAGACGACAAUAUUGCCUAAAAUGUUCAAAUUAUAGAUUUUUGGCGAGACAAUAUCGCUAAAAAAAACAUGUAUUUACUUUCUAAUUGUAUACAGGGUGUAUUGACAAAAAAAAACAACUUUUCAUAGGUACUUAUAAUUUACUUAAUAUUCUUUUUAACUUAAGCCAUUGACACUUCAUGAUUAAUUUUUUUUUAGUAUUUUAGGUUUUUGGCAAAAUACUAAUAAUAAACCUUAUACGUGUUAGACUUGCAUACAGUGUGGCCAGUAAAGUCCACAUGCUACUGUUUUUCUUUUGCCCAAAGGAAUCUCAAUCAAUUUAUUCUACUUUUUGAGGUUUAGGGGCUAGGCAGACAAACAACCACUGCAUUAUGGCUAUUUGAAAAACUGAAACAAAUAUCAAAAUUCAGCAUUUGAAAAAUUGUCUUGAAAUUGAUCAAGAUCUCGACUCUAGACAGACAAGAAACUACUUCAUCCUAUGAUAUAAACUUAAUUGUUUUUUUUUCUUGGAAAAUUAUUGUCAAAUCGAAUUAAUUAGGGUACCACCAUGAAAAAGGCAAAAUAGUAAUAUUUUUUUACAAAGCCUAGAGAUAUUGGCUCAUAUGAAUAAAACAGAAACAAAUGUUUUCACUUAAGUUUUUUGAGAUAAACAUAUUCAGCUUUAAUGCAGCAAGAAGAGACUUUCAAGAGACGGAGGUAGAAUGAAAGCAUUUGCUACACUAUAACUUUUGUAUCUUUUCUCACCCGAUAUUUUGGUAGCAAGUGUGUCUUUUAUAACAGGAUUUUAUUUUAAUGUUAACUUUCGAGUUUCAAAUGGGAGACCCUGUAUAUUAUUGACGAAAUAGUCAAAAACAUUCAUCAUUCUAAAUCUUUUGAUGCCCAAGUAGCAUUACUUUUUGUUUCUCAAUACAAUUUUCAAUUUGUCUGUAGUAGGCACCAUGUGCUGAAGCACUUUACAAUUUCAUACAAUUAGAAUUGUAGAAAUCUAGAAACUUUUUUGUUUCCUUUCAAAAUUUGUAAUGAAUUCCAUUGAGUACCGACUAUAUCAAUUAAUAGACUUUAGAUCUCAAAAUUCUCCCACAUCUUCGACACCAUGUAAAGUAGUUGAUCGAAACUGCUUUUUCGGAUUUACUUACAAGAAUUGCUUCAUGAAUAAAUGAUUUGUUAUUUAAUUCCAUUUUGCCGAACAUCAUGAGCAUGAAGAACAAACACGCAAAUUUUAAUGUUCAAAGCUGAUUACUGGUUAUACUGUAUACAUGCUAAAUGACAACAAUUUUAUUGGUGUUAACUGUUAAUAUGUAUUAUAUUCUACAAUUUUAUAUCAUUACAGACAAUUUAUAGUAUCAUUAUUUAAAAUUAGGAUUCAAAAAUAAGCACUGGCAUGUGAAUCCCAAUUUACUAGCUUUGGAUUAAUAGAAAUAAAACAAAAUUAAUCCAAUGCUGACAUAUAUUUUCGUAGAUUAGCAACAUACCAUGAUGGUUCAACAACUUUCCUCAUUUUUAUUGUGAUAAUCUUAGGUAUAGGAAGUAUGUAGCUGGUUCUAGAAGGUGUAAAAUAAACUUAUUAUUCAGAGUUAUCAAUUUUAAAAUGUUUCUAAUUACACUUACUCAUGGGCAAAAUUAUCCUGGUUUAUAAAAAAUUGUCUUGAAAAUAUUAAAUUCUAAAGAAUUCUUGUCACAAGUAAAUUGGAAUUGGAACUAUGUUAAUGGUAUCAGGAUUGAUUGGGAUGACGAAACGAUCCCUAUGUCUGAGAUUUAAUCUAUAAUAUCGUUUCCCAACUCUUCUGUAAACUUGGUUUUGUCCCUAAAUGAAUUCUAGUCGCACAACAGAAUGCUCGAUAUUUCUCGGAUUAUAAUAUGAAACAUUCUAGUAGUGGAGCUUCGUGAUGUGAAACUGACGUCUUGACUUUAAACCGGCUUUUUUUAAAUUUCGUCGAAAUGUUUUUAAACUAACAUUGCAAAGGACAAUUAUACAGGGUAUGCCAUUUAAAACGAAACAGGCUAAAUAUCUGAUGUAACUUUUUUUUUUAAAUCGCUUGAUUGUGUGAGUUCUUGAAACAUUUUCAGCAUUAACAUAAACCUCUAGGGGGGGUGGGACCAACCCUUACCAUUCCAAAUGGAACAGGGGGUCGAGUGAUACCUGUUUUAAACGAGCGUUCAAUUUUCUGUCAAGUGAAAGAGAAUUGAACACUCUUUUAAAAAAGGUAUCACUCCACCCCUUGUUCCAUUUUGAUAUAGUAAGGGUUGGCGCCACCCCAUAGUUGAAGUGCUAAAAAUGGUUGCAGAAAACUUUUCCCUUUGAAAAUCAAAUUACGUGUACGAGCGAUUAAAAAAAAAAAAAAAUAUGGCAUCAGAUAUUUAGCCUGUUUUGUUUUAAAUGGUACACCCUAUACAUAUAACAAAAUCUUAUUUUUAUUUUCAAGUCAUAGUGAUAGAAAAAAAACUAUUCGAUAGCUCUUGUCCAUGGGUGUUGUUAUUGCAAAUAAAAAUAUUUAUUAACUUUUAGGAUUUGUUUUAUUCAUCUUCUGAUAUACUUGCUGGUGACUAUCUGCAAGAUAAAUUUACCGUUCUAUAAUUCUAUUGGUCGGCGAAUAACUGGACGACCAAUGGGAUUACAGAUUGCGUUUUCAUUCGCCAGAUUGCAUUCCUGACAGUUUAUUAGAAGGUGAAUAAACCGGCCCCUGAUGAUAUGUUUAUGUAAUAAGGGCUUACAAAUAAGUAUUUUUAGCAUAAUAAAAUAUCAUUAUGGGUAAAUGAGUAUUAAGGUAAGUGUCUCAAGUAAAUACGAAAUAAUUUAAAACAGCUAUUUAUAUAGCAGGUAUUUUACUCACUGUUGUAAGAAAACAUUUGAGGUGUAUCAGUUAAAAAUAUGAUUUUCGAAAAAAAAAAAAUGUUUGUGGCCAAAGUAGGUAGUUUUUUAAAUUAUUUUUUAUAUAUUUUAAUAUUAAUUUAGUAUUUGCACAAUGUAAUUAAUUUAAAAUAGGCUCUCAUGACGAAAAAUAAAGUAAAUUUGUGACAAGAAAAUAAAUUGAAUCUCUAUUUCAAAAAUUACAAUUUUUUAGGAAUUAUUUUUCUUUUUUUUCCAAAUUUACUUACAUAUUUUUUCAAAUUCAAAACCCUAUAAAUAUACAGUAAUUAAUUAAUAAAUUAUCUACUUAUUUAAGUUUUCAUACUGCUAAUACUUCAGCUCUGUUCCAACUGUUCCAGAACCAGUAAUUUCCAGUUCCCCACCUAUUUUUCAAUAUGUUAAUCGUUUAUCCUACUUGACAAAUGAAUUGAUCGGCUGGAAAUUACCAUUCUAGAAUGGUUCCCAUGUCAGUUGAAACAGAGCUACUAGAUUGUAAUGCACCCAAAAAAAAAAAACGUUUAUGGCACAACCUUACAUAUAUGUGUGUAGGUAGCUUAGUAGGAAGGUAUAUGGAAUAACUGCAUGACAUUCUUAAGGUUAAUUUUUACAUUCCGCAUACUCAGCUUAUAGAAAAUUUACUUGAAUGACAUAUAAGAAAGUAAUUAAAAAUGGUUACCAAAUAUUAAUUGAUUUUUUUCUAUGGUACAUCAGAUCUGAGGGUAGAAAAUGGUUAAAUUAUACAGAUACCUAUUGUAAUAAGUGCAAAUCUCAGAAUCUGAGUGUAAUAAUUGAUAAAGCAGGCAAUCAAUAGAUUUUUCAUUUUUACUAUCGGUUCUGAUGGAAAAUACAAUCUACGAUGUUAGAGUAUUAUACAGCAGAACCCUGAUUAUGCAUCAUAAAUUAUACAACUGGAAACUCAAUUUCCAAUAUUAAUUAUCGGGAACUUCUUCAGUCAAUGUUUUAUUUAAAGGCAAUACAAAAAUAUUUAUACAACAUACCCAUUCUCGGUAAUUGGCGCAUCAGCUGCACAAGUCAAAAUCUGCUCUGGUAAUCCUGUUCUAUGUUAAUCAGGGUUCUACUGCACAUAAAAUGCAGUUAUACUAUUGAAGACAAUUGUAGAGAUGUUAUACUGUAGCAUUUCAGAUAUAAAAAUAUAUUUUUUAUUUAUAAACA